AUGUCUUCAGGGAAUAACAAAAGAAAGCCAGACAACAUGUCUAAAUCUCCGGCGGCAACGCCGUCACUGCGGCGAGUGACAGCCAAACCAAAGAAACGCUUAUCGAUACCGGGCGCAUUUCCUACAGCGGAACCAUCAAGUCAGGAAACGCCGCAGAGGUCCGCGCAUUCUGUUGUUUCAGCAAGAAAAGUAGACAGCCGACAAUGUAGGAGUGGGGUCGUAAACCAAUCUACUAAAGCGCAUUCAAAAUCCAAAGCUCCGUCACACAGAGUAGAAAAGUCCACUACUCGUCAGCCUUCGACACCCAGGAAACGGUCGUCCAGCAAGAAGUCUUCAAUCGUUACUCCACGAGUGGAUCGACAUACAAACCGCCGUGAUGUCAGUCUGCGGUUCUCGUUCAGCGCUCAGCAGGGAGGUACUCAAGGUCCUCUAAAGAAGGGCAGAAGGAGAGGGCGGCCGUCAAACCGUGAAGAUGCACGACCAUUCCUGCCUAUUCUACCUACCAUCGACUCACCCAGCAAACCAGUCACCCCAAGCAAAGAGGACAAAGUGUUGAACAGAAGCUUCUCUGAGCUGCUUGUCACAACCGCACAGAACAACCUUACCGGGCCUCUACAACACGACUACACAGACACCCCUUCAGAUUUGUCGUCUGAACCCCCUCAUGAACCAAAGGCCCCCGAUCCAUCCGUUUUCUCUCAUCCUACCAAAAAGCGCGAAGGCUACGGCUUCAGCUACUCAGAACCUCUGUGGUACGACUCCGACGAAUACCCCGACACAGAAUGCGACUGGGAUCCGCACGACGAGAGACAAGCUGCGCCGUUCCAACAAGGUAUUGCACUCAUCGACCAAGAUAGUUCCUUCGACGAUCUAGUCGUCAUGAGGGAUAUCGGUUCCAUCCACAUAGCCAAACCCCAGCGUACGCUUCCCUGUACAAAAGCCACAAGUGAAGACACCAUGCGCCUGAAACAGAAGGCAAAGACGCUGCUUACCUGGGACGAGAGUGGCGAUGUGUAUGCGGGGCUGGUCGGCCGCUUAGAGAGGAUGGUCCACAACGACCUAGAGAAGAAGGUCAGCGGUCGCGAGACUUCGAUCCCAUCUGUUGUCCAGUGUGCGAGCAAGUUGAAGGACUUCUUGCAGAAGACCAAGGAGGAGCGGAUCGACACCGGUGAGAGCCGCCGCGCCGUGGAGCAUGAAAUCGAGUGGGCGGCAUGGCUCGUGGAAGCAAGCUGGACUGGGGUUAUGCAUCUGAAGACCAAGGGCUGUAACUGUCGGCCGGAUUGGGAAGAGGAUUGA